AUGCGUGCAGCAGUUGUAAUCUUCCGGCAUACAAUUUAUACCGUGUUGGCCACCCCGCUAGAGGAAACAUCCGAGGAGGAACAGCGCGAAAAGAGCUCUCAAAAAUCAGGCUUUGAGUUCCGGGUUUCGGGCCAAAAUUCAAUC